AUGUUACAAAGGAACAUAAACCUGCGUCUGAUCCUGGUGUCCGGCAAGACGAAGGAGUUUGUGUUCAGCCCGGUGGACUCGGCGGGUGAUAUCGCAAUACACGUCUACGAUAACUGGCCUGAAGCGGACUGGGCGGCCGAAUGCGUGUCCCGCGCGGAGAUCCUGCGACUCAUCUACCAGGGCCGCUUCCUGCACAGCUCGGUGACGCUGGGCGCGCUCGGGCUGGCGCUCGGCCGCACCACCGUCAUGCACCUCGUGCCGCGCGAGCACCUUCCCGAGCCCAACUCACACGAUCAACGACAAAAGAGUAAAGGCGGAUCGAGCAGUUGUUGUUCGGCGUCGUGCUGCAUAUUGUAAUGCUCCCCCAUCUGGGUGCGCCGCGGCGGCGAGUGAGGACUCCGUGUUCAGUGUUGAGUGACGGCCGCGGCGCACCCGCGCUCGGACAUCGCGGCUGUCUGUGACGUGGCGUGCACUAGUACACGAGUGAAGGAGGCCUUCCGUGGCCUCUUUGAGCGAUGGUUCAUUUUGCCCACGUCUACGCCACUGCGAGCUAUCACUUCAGUUCAUUUCCGACUUCAUAGCUUAAGCGAUGUCACGCGUAGCUCGCUUAGGACUCGAUUCGAUAUUUAGAUAUUCGGGACUCACUAGCUUAUGCAAACGGGAGAAGUCGACCCGGCUAUCGAACACAAAAUCUUAGUAUUAUAAUUUAGGCCAUCUACAUGAAUUUAUAUAAACGUUAUUAUGGAGAUAUUUAUAAAAAUUAAAUGACAAAUUUAGUAGAAACGAAGUGUGUAAAUUACUCUCAUUUGCAUUGUAAAUAGUACGUAUAUUUUGUAAUUCGUUAAGGGAGCGAUCUGCGGGAUUACUGUUUUUGUGAUAAGUUCAUGCAAUAUAUUGGAUCUUUUUAUUUUUAUCGGUGUUUGCCGCUAGAUGUAGCCCCGCUCGCUCGGGCUUUAUAGUAACAAUACACGAACAUUGCGACUGUGUCGACUCGACAUGUAUAUGGACUGUAGUCUGUAACUACGACUCGCUGUAAAUCUUAGUAUUAAAAGUUGCUCCCGUGUCGCGGACGGGUGUCUCUGCCUCUAUAUUUUACUAUCUCGAAGUUUUAUUAGAUCUUAUUUUCGUUGUAUAGGAGCGACUCGUGGUUGCGUUCCACUUGCAUGAGAUUAUAAUUUGUAUACAUUAAUAAAAUCAUUUGUUAGUACAAUUAAUUCAGAAAUAGAGUGCACGCAAUUCAGUCUCUUUAUGAACAAAUUAAGAGCAACACUUCAUUGGAUCACCUAAAUUUUGUAAUAGCAUAUAUGACACUUAAUAGAUUUUAUUUAUUAGCCUUUCAGCGUUACCAACGUCAGACUGCUUAUGUAAAUAAUUCUUGUUUUUUAACGUUUCCUCAUAUACAUCACAUAGCAACCUAAAGUGAUCCUUUAUUUGGCAUUUCGUAUUUAGUUAUUAAUUAUAUUUUAAAUUGGCUUAAGGUUGAGUUGUCGAUGGAUUAUUUUGGCGUAGCCUUAAUUUUUGUUAUAAGCUUACAUUUAAACUACGUCUUCGAAAAUAUAAUUUUAUACUUUAUAUUUAGAGUUGGUAAUUCAUCCCAUCAUGUAACGCAUAUUUUGUUAUAGUACAAAUUGAAUGGAAUGAUUUUGGCAAUAGUUGCUCAGUGCAUGGAAUCCAGUAUUCGGUCGCGCCCUCUUGCCACUCUCGUCGCGUGACUCGGAUGCGUUUCGUUACAAUUAAAUAUCACAUCCAAAUUUAAAUAAAUUAUAAGACUACUAUGGCUAAAUAAUUAUACUUAACUGCCUUAUUGUUAAACAUAAAUACUAGUACAUAUUUUCUAGGAUACUUUCUGGUCAAAAUAAUGCUGUUAAUGCUCUGGUGUAUGUGUCAAUGAACGAAUUGGGAUUUUAUCUGAUUAGUACAGCGAUUAGGAGCAGGAAGGGCAAAUACAAUUCUACAUAAACCUAUUUAUUUUAGCAUUUUAACUACUAAUUUGAGACUGAGAGUGAUAUUAGUAACGAAACGCGUUCAGCUCGGCUCGGCGCACGGGCGCGGCCUUUAGAAUAGUUUCGUUGCCGUAUGAAUGAUUUAUAUUUUGGUUGCUGUUCAGUUGCUGUAUGUAUGUAUUUUGUUAAGUUGUGUAAAAUAUCUAGUUUAUAAAGAGAAUAAAAUUAAUUUCAACUCGA